AUGGUGUUUGCGAAAUUCAGAUCCUUCCUCGACGCCGUCAUGUCUCGAGCGUUUCUCCUCCUCCUCGCGCUAUCCGCGUUAUUAGCAGCAGCCGGCGGCGUCGCUGCUGCGACUAACCCCCCCCGCUCAGGAGGGGUCGCUCUGCGCGGCGGCGACGGCAGCGUGACCGGCGGGAUGGCAACAGCAGGCGGGCGCGGCGGCAGCGGCGGUCCCCACGCCGUUUCGCACGGCGAUUCGCACGCCGUUUCGCUCGGCGAUUCGCGACACGGCGGGAUUCCCGGCGGGGGGAGUGACGAGGAGAGAGAGGACGGCGACGGAGGCCACGGCGGGCAUGGCGGCCGGCGGCAUGAUGAUAACGACGAGGACGACUCGGCUGCUGAUGACGAGCAUGAGAGCGAGCACGAGGGCGAGGAUGAGAACAAGGAUGAUAGCGACGAUGAUAACGAGCACGGGGGUGGUGGUGGUAGCAGCAGCCAUGGCGGUGGGCUGUGCGGGCGGGGCGGGUGCAGCAACGACUCGGGCGAGGUGGGGUACUGGAAGCUGCCCGACUACGGCCGCUGCUCCAUCGGCACCGGCAGCAGCGGUGGUGCGCCGAGGAAGGCAGAUGAGGCGUGGUGUGCGGGGGCAGCGGUGGGCGUGAAGGAGUGCUGCAGUCGAUGCAGCAGUGUUAACGCCACGGUCGAUGGUACUCCCUUCAACUGCCGCCACUGGGCGCACAUCCCAUCUCCCGGCUCUCACGACCGCGGCAGCAGUGAGCAGCGAGGCAAGUGCGUCCUCCUGCCGGCCGUCGACGCCCUCACGCCCGAGAAGGCCCGCAAGGGGCGCUGCGGCACCAACACGGGCGGCGACACGGUGCGAGUGGGGCGGCGGUGUGCGUACGGCGAGAACGACCCGCACUUCCUGGGUGCGCACGGCACGCGGUUUGACUUCAACGGGCUGCCGCGCCGCUCCUUCUGCCUCUACACCGACCGCCGCGUGCAUGUCAACAUGGCCAUGCGCGGCUAUCUCAACCACCGCCCCCUUGCACUCCCACCCACCUCUGCUGCUGGUAACCAUAGCACGCUUGCUGCGGCCCGUUUCGUCAACGGCUCGGCGGUUCGCACGUGGAUCCGACAGCUGGCAAUCAUGUGGCACGACGGCGAGAGCAGCAACAGCAGCAACGUCGCUAGCGCAAACGUUAAUGCGUCGUCUCACUCUCUCGUGCUCACGGCACGGGACGGCAAGGAGCAGACUCGCGGCGCUCAAGGCUUCCUUGCAUCCGCCAGUCUUGACGGCAAGCCUCUCCCACGCCUCACCCUUGGCGAGAGCCACGUUCUCUCCAACAAGCGGCUGGUUCUGUCCUUUGUGGGCCAGGAGAAGACCGGCCCAUUCGAUAUGGACGUGUACACCCUCCGCCUGGAAAAUCUCCUGGAGCUCGAGCUGAAGCUGCGCGCGGCGCACCCUCUGUUGCAAACACCCGAGGACGCGCAGGUGCACAUCAACCUGAUGUUUGUGGACUCGAAUCCGAGCAGCGAGGUGCAUGGGGUGAUGGGGCAGACGUACCGCAGCGGCAGGGAGCAGCGCACCAUGGAGUAUUCGAGGCUUGCUGCUCUGCUGCACCACCCUGUGUCGGUGGAUGGGGAGGAGGGGAAGGGGUUUCUGGAUGGGGAGGUGGGGGAUUACGAGACAUCUGGGGUGACUGCCACUGACUGCAGAUUCACUGCUUUCAAUGGCGGCCAGCUGCCUCUGCUGGGGGAGUAA